GACAGGAUGCAGCCCCUGCAGUUCCGCUUUAUUGACUAUUUAAGAGGAGCUAGUAAGAGUCUUGAAUAUAUUCUCUCUGACUCCAGAAGUGAGAACUGAAGAUCGACUGUGACAAUGGAGACACGCAGGAUCCUCAUGAGGAGUUUGGCUGUUGCGGUGGUCAUUGCAUCUGUGAUCUGGACUACAACAGGUGAUGAAAAGGUGUACUCAUGUUGCACUAAAGUCUCCACAGCCAAGGUGACCGAUCCUAUCAUCAAUUUCAGGCUGCAACGUGAAAGUCUUCCAUGUGUGAGGGCCGUCAUCUUUGAGACGGAGCGGGGAGACUUGUGCAGGGAUCCAAGACAACCAUGGGUGAAGGAGAAAGUUAAGUUUUUCAGAGCUCAAAGAAACAAAACCCUGACUUCCGCAGCACCCCCAACAUCAUCUAUUAGUGACCAAACUCAUGUGGGAGGAGCUACACAAGCAACUGACAGCUCAUCAGUCACCGAUGUCUAAAAAUUAGCUUAUAAUGAGACCAUAAUAAUGAGUAGUUAGGCCUUUUAAAACUAGCUAUAAAGUUUAAGAGAUUUUGCUGUAGUAUUUGGAACAUUUUGUAAAUUAUGCACAUUUAAAUUGAUUAUUUAAAAUAUUAUAUGUUGUCAAAUACAUGUAGGACAAUUUGACAGUGACUAUUAUUAAUCUAUUCAGAAACUGAAUUACAGUGAAACUGUUUUGUAACAAUUGUGGUUUAAAUAUUCUAUUUUAUGUUUCACAUUGAAAUGUAUUUCACACAAUGUACUAGUAAUG